AUAGCGUCAUUUAGACAGCUUAUAUAGCUGGGUGCUGUAAAGAAAAAAGUUGUUGGAUAGUUGGUGAAGGCUUUGAGUAGGAAUGGUAUGAUGAUGUGAGCGUAUCAGUUUAAUAGAAUUUUGUGAACAUUUGGCUUUUAAAUUACUCAUAAAAGUGGAACUGUGCUAUAUAUGAUUAACUUCUGGCAUAUCGCUACAAUUAGUACAAGUCAAAUGAUAAUACUCAUCAAGAAACUUGUGAUAUGUUAUUGUUAGAUUAUCUGUAGAUACAAUAGUAUUAUUUUUAAUAUGCUUUGCGUACAACUACAACUUGCAAGACUAACUUGAGUUGUACUUGUACCUUGUAUUUAAGCUAAGGAACAGACACUAAGUUCUCCAAUAUGAGUGUGACCAAUGACUUCCAAACAACUUGGGCUCAGCGAUUUCCUGACUGUGAGUUACCUCAAGCUUGGGUAGAAGAUGUUCGUGCAAAUUUAAUCAAACAUAGGGAAAGAAUUUUAUUUCUUAAAGACGAGGUAGAAAAGGAAGAAUUUUAUGUGGAAUAUUUAGAAAAGCUUUUGGUAGACGCUGAAAAAGUAAAGCACUUAGUAAGAGAUGUCCAGGGCCUUACUACUUCAACUUCAAGUACUUAUUCUACUAUUGGUGCUGCUAGUUCCACACCUGAUGCCAGGCCUAGUGAAAGUGAAUCAGAUUUAACUGAAGCAGUCCGUGCCCAAAAUAUUAGUCAUAUAGAUAGCAUUUCUACAACUGAGAUUAAUGAAAAUAUUACAAAAAAUGUUUUUCGAAAUGUUCGUAAGAGUGAACUUCUAUCAAAUGAUACUGAUACUAAGUUGCACACUCAGUCAGAACAGAGUUCAAUAAAAUCUGAGCUGACUGUUGGUGAAGGCAAAGAAGUGUCAUCGAAAACAGAACAUGUCACCACAGAACCAUCCUUGCAGAGGAGCUCCUAUAUAACAGUUAUAGAAGUUGGUUGUAACUCCAGUGAACAGAAGGCAUUUCUAACAACUUCAAUCACAAAAUCAACAGAAAUGACACCAACAGUUUUUCCAGAGGCACAAAGAAGGGUAAGUGUUCUUUCAAACCCAUCUGAAUCUUCAGAUAAUCAAGUUGAGAUAUUUUCUCAGAAGAAGAAAAAACCUCCAACACCACCACCAAAAAAGCCAAGGCAGUCUCUUUAUGCCAUAACCCCUACUUAUAACCCUCCAAUGGAAAAAUUUGAUGCAACUUUUGUAAAUGUUGGUAAUGCAAGUAACUUUGAAAAUAUAGAGAAUAAACCAGUCUUAGUUGUAGGUGGUACUGAAAAUAUGGCAAAUUCAGUAGAAAAUGACUUGACUCAAAAGUAUGCAACAUUUGAAAGAAGUUUCAGUGCUUCUUCAGAAAAGGAUGAACUUGAAGAUAAUAUUCACACUGCAACAGUUUGCACUUUCUCUACUUUCAGGCCCAGUGUCUCUAGUGUUAAUGACAUAUGUGAAACAGAUUUAAAUCUGAAAAGCCAUUCCUCUGGAACUACGAGUUCACAUAGCAGUAGUAGUUCUUACUAUUUGACACAACAAGUGCAAGCUACUGCAUCAACUGUUGAAUCAUCAAUUAAUGUUGGUAUGAACAAUCAUGUGCAAGAGAAUGAAGAAAACACCUACAGUGAAGAGGCUCUUUAUGACACUGUUGCUGUAGAUGAGGAUCUGGAGCUACAAAACUCUGUUUUUCAACAAGAUGAAAAUUCACUUCAAAUAGAAACCAACAUGUCUUUUGAGGAGGAGGAUGAAGACGAAGAUUAUGUUGUGUUUUCUGAAUGCACAGCACUUGAAUACAGAGAUAAUCGAGGAGAAUAUUGUAACCAAUCUACACAUGCAACUGUAACCGAGAGCCAAGAGCUACAGGAGCAGAAUGGUUGUGGUAGUCCCAGUUUCUCAACAUAUGUUAAUAUUGAUUAUUUCCUGAAAAAUAAUGUAGAUGGAAAUCCAAGUAUUUUUCAAGAAGAGGUUCUCAUGGUAGAUUCUGAUGAUGAUGGUCUCCACAUACAUUCUUUGCCCAGUGACCAGGAAUUGGAUAAUGACCUCUCCUGUAGUGGAGGUGAAGCGAGACCAACUGAAGCAGUAAGAGCAACAGCAGUAACAGAAGAUAUUUUUGAAGUGGACUCAGGGGUGUAUUGUAGCUCUGUAGAUUCAGCAUCCUUCCUCCAACCAUUAGAUGCUUUGGGAAAAUGGCCUAUAGAGAAAAUGAAGGAUACUGAACAUGACUUGGACCUCAUCAAAGCUGAAGCAGAGAGAUUAACAAUGCAGAAGUAUAUUAUAAAUAGUACAUUGGAGAGUGAGGAUAUUUAUGUAGAUUGUUUAACAACUGUCCUUCAGUAUAUGAAAGCCCUGAAGUCCAACAUUACAACUUCUCAACCUCUCUUGUCAUCUGAAGAUUUCAGUGUAAUUUUUUAUAAAAUUCCUGAUCUCCACGAGAUUCAUUCCAAGUUUCUGGAAAGCUUGAAGGACUACAGAAAUGAUUCAAAUAGUCAGACAAGCAUUUGUGAAUCUUUCAAAUCCCUGGCUAGCAAGUUGGAUGUGUAUGCAGCAUACCUCCUGAAUUACUCAAAGGCUGUGGAGACUGUACGUAAAUGUAGCCUGGAAAACACCAAGUUCUCAGAGCUCACUAGGACAAUGAAGCUAAAGUCAUUAAAAGGGCAGGGAAUUACAUUAGAAGAUCUUCUGCACAAGCCUGUAGCUCGAGUACAGAAAAAUGCACUUGUAUUGCACGAUCUGUUGCAUUACAUUCCUGAAUCCCACCCUGACUACAAGACCCUGAACACUGCCCUGAAGUUGACACAGCAUUUCCUGGACAAGUUAAAACUCUCCACUCCAGAAAGCAUGUUUCCAGCUCAAGAUAGAGCUCAAAGACACCUAGUGAAGAACAGUUUUAUUAUAGAACUUUCUGAAGGACAUCGAAAACUGAGACACUUAUUCCUUUUCAACGAUGUGAUUGUCUGUGCCAAAUAUAAACCUUCUACAAAACAAAAGUUUACUUUUGAAGUGAAGUGGUAUAUCCCCCUCUCAGAAAUUGUCUUGUCAGAGACGGAAGAUGCCGAAGAUGUUCGAGAAAACUCUCCUAGUGAUGUUUUAACUCUAAAGUCUAGAGCUUCCACAAUCAGAGACCAGAUUCUGAAGGAAAAAAGAAAUGCACAUGGAAAAGAGAAACCUAAAGGGAUGUGUCGAAGCCUGGAUAAGCAAAAAAAGAAACUUUCAGAAUUGGAGGCUCAGUUAGUUCUUUCCUUGCCAAACCUGUUGUUUCGAGUUGGACACAAGAAUAACAGGACCUAUACCUUCUUUCUUUCAUCAGAAUUUGACAAAACUCAGUGGAUAGAAGCUAUCAGUGUACUGCAUGCUUCAGUUUCGAUAGAGAGACCCUCACUGAGCCUUUAUGAACUUCAGACAUGGAUCACAUCAUGUAGGAAAUAUUUGGAGACUAACCUUGGAUCAUUCCUGUUACGAUCUGAUAAAGAUGAAGACCUUCUGGUUGGAGAUCUUCAUAUUGUAAUUCAUCGUCUUCAUGGCCUAACUCGUCCAUUGGAUAUGUUCUUUUGCAUAGAGGUUGACUCUUAUGGACAUUUCUUCAAGAAAGCCAAAACAAACACGUCAAAGAACAGCAUAGAACCACAGUUUAAUGAGGACUUUGUGAUUGAACUGGAGUGGUCACAGACUCUACGGAUUUUUUGUUAUGAAGACCAUCCUAGUCAGGGAAAUAUUCUUCGAGGCAAGGCUGCUCUGGAACUAAGCCGAUCAUGGCUCACAGAUAAACCUCAAGAGAAGUCAAUCAGUCUGCAGGAGUACAUGCUUACAUUAAGUAUCAAGUUUGUCCCAUCUGAAAUGAUUGGAAGGUGGAUACCAUCAUCUAAAACAGUUGGAAUGUUUGGGGUGAAAAUACAGCAAGUAUGCAAGAAAGAGAAGAACACCAUACCCUUCAUAAUUACUAGUUGUGUGCGAGAAGUUGAGAAGCGGGGAAUGAAUGAAGUAGGAAUUUACAGAGUAUCAGGAUCAGCAUCUGAUGUCCAGAAACUGAAAAAGACCUUUGAAACAAAUCUCUAUGAAGCAGAACAACUACUUAAGGAAGUUGAUAUCCACACUGUGACUGGGCUGUUAAAGUUGUAUCUGAGGGAAUUACCUGACACACUCUUCACAGAUGCUCUUUACCCUAUGUUCUUUGAAGCUUUUAGUGUGCAGGACCAGAAAACUAGAACGAGGAGACUUUUGUCAUUGUUUCAUUCUCUACCAACCAUUAAUCAAGAAGUUCUCAUAAAACUGGUUGAUCAUUUGGUCAAGGUUAACCAGCAUGAGAGCCACAACAAGAUGUCAUUACACAGCCUAGCUACAGUAUUUGGUCCAAAUGUUUUGAGACCAGGUUCUCAUUCUACAAGUUCAAAAUUGGCAGAUCUGGCAGCAAGCACAGUCGAUGUGAUAGCCCAAGCCGGAAUCCUUUAUUUCUUUCUGAAGUGUAGAGAAGCAGGACUUCCUUUAACAGUUGAAUCUUUUAAAUGAGGCCUUUUGCAUAUUAGGAUAUUAAAAUUGAAAGUGCAUAAAGCAUCCAGCACGUACACUAAAUCCAUCUUCACUGCAAAUAUGAUAGAAAAAAGACGCUUUUACAAACUGUGACAGUUUUUUCAUUGACAAAACCUGAAUUUUACUCUUGUCUUCUACUCUUCUGCCCAAGUUCUAUAUUCAUCUAAAUGGUUUUAAAUCAUUUGCCAUUUCAUUUAAUGUAUUUGUAAAGUUUUUCAUUAGUUAAUUUCAACCUGAUAUUUUUAUUUUGCCAGAAUUACUAAUGUCUUCCACUAUUUUCAUUAUCAGUGUUCUAGUCUUGUGUAUUCAGUAUUAAACAUUACCAAAUACAGAAAUAAAAAACAAAAGAGGGGGGGGGUACAAAACAUCUGCUAACAGUUUAGUUUUGUGUUGUAUUAACUUACUCAGUAUUUCGUAAGUUUUCAUAUAAUACAGAAAUAUCUACUGGUGUUGAGAUUAUUUGAAAUUUUAUAGAGUGAGCAUCCUACUUAAUCUCCCCCCCCCUCCUCCUCAAUUUGUAAAAGAAGAAUGGGUUGGAGCAUCCUAAACAAGAUGCAUGAACAAUGGACGGAGUACUCUGGUUUAUUCUAUUUUACAGUACUUCUGAUGUUUACUAGUAUUACACCAUUAUAAUUAAACAAUAAAUUAAGUGUACAAAGGUUUUGCUAUGAAAAAUGUACAUUCUAUAAUAUCUACAUUCUCAUUAUAACAUAAUUGUUUUUUAUUAGUAGAUCUAACAAGACUAAAACUUGUUGCCAUUUGUGAUAAAAUUAAUUUUUUAUAUAAAUGUUGUAAUGUAACAUCAGAAACCUGGCAAGUUAAAUAGUAGUGGUUCAAGUCUGGUCUGUCUUACUCUAUAUUCUGAUUAAGAUAAGAUGCAGUAAAAAUCUAAAUCUGUCCUGUGUUAUACGAUGUUAACAAAGUUUAUUGAAACCUUUUGCUGUAUCAAAGUAUAUAUAUUCUAUUUUUUUUGCAAACCUGAACUAGUGACUUUUGCCUCCCAGUGGCACAGAGGUACGUCUGCGGACUUACAACGCUAGAAUCCGGGUUUCGAUACCCGUGGUGGGCAGAGCACAGAUAGUCCAUUGUGUAGCUUUAUGCUUGAUUACAAACAAACAAACUAGUGACUUUUAAAACAAUUUUGACCCUAUCCUCCAAAAUCACAGCUAUUGUUAAAGGUAUUUUACCUUCAUUAUUUCCAAGAGCAUUAAAGAACAAUGAAAAACUAGUUUGUGAACAAAUUAUAAAAGUGAAUAAAGACCAUGUGCUUUAACGUUUGCUUUAUAAAAUAGUUUUUAUUGAGAAAACCUUAACUUACAAUUAUUACCCUAAAGCAUAAGUUGAAGUUAACUUUUUUUGUUACAUAAUAUUUGAUUGCGUCUUAAAUUAGGAUCUAGUACUUAUUUUUUAUUUUUUUUACAUUUAUACUAAGAGAAUGUAUAGUAGUAGCUGACAAGCUUCACCUGUGAUUAUUUUGGACUAACCUUAAAUUAAUAUAUGUUUUUCUUUUCUACAUUUAGAAAUAUCAGCUUUACAAGUUUAGUAAGAAUUUGGAUUAAUGUGAACAUGUUAAACUUACUUUUUAAUAAACAAUAAUAUAUUGUAGACAAUUCUAAAAAUGAGACUGUUCCCAGUCUCAAAAAUCCAAUAAAAUACCAAAUAAAUCACUGUAUACGAUAAAAGAAAAAAUCCUGAUGAAACUGGAAACAGUCUCAUAUGCUCAACAUGUUUUCACUCAAUGUUUUUACUGCAUCAUUUAGUGAUUAUUUCUUUUACUGUAUUUUUGAGACUGGAAACAUUCCCAUUUUUAGAAUCGUCUGCAAUAAAUCGUUCUUUAUUAAAAAGUGAGUUUUUAACAUUGAGCAUUUACACAAGUGCCAAUGAAUUUUAAUACUGUGAACAUAUUUUAAAAAUGAUGAAAUUUGUUGUCUUGUCAUUAAAAUACUUGCACAGAAAGUAUAGCUAACUUUUAAAAAUUAAAGCCUGAAGUUAUUGACAAAUUGUUUGAAUAGUGUAUAGUCUCCUUAAUUCUUGACAAUUCUAGUUUUGUAUAUUUAUAUAUAGAAAUAAUAUAACUCGUCCAGUUGGACAAUUUUUUAUUUUUUUAAUACUGUAGUUAUCUGAAAAUUUUGUAUUUCAGGACAUUUAAUUGUUCAGAAUGAUCAAUAAAGUUUUUAUCAUA